AUGGUCUUUGGCUUCCACUCGCCCCCACCGCUGCCCCCGCCAUCCGAGGACCGCGAUGAGCUGGGCCCCGACUCUCCCUCGUCCGCCCGCUCCUCUUAUCCCCUCACCGCACAUCCCCGCAUCCGCUCCUCCUUCUCCUCAUCCCCCUCGUUCGAGCUCGCAGGCCGUCCGGACAUCCCUUCGCACUCGGGCUUGCUCUCCGCCCCCUCCACCAGACCCAAUCCCGGCUCCUCCGUCUCCUCCGUCUCCUCCACCGCAAUGAACACCCCCGUUCCCUCGCGCUCAAACUCCCCCAUGCCUCCCCAUUAUUUUUCUGGCAUGUCCUCCGCGUCCACCUCCGACACCGACAGCGAACCGAGCUCGCCGCUUCUGGGCGCGACCAUGCUCGGCGACUCCCGUCGCGAAUCGUGGCUCAGAGACGAACAGCGCCGCUGGUGGACCCUCGGUCCCGACUCGCCUCGUAGGCGCAGAGUCCACCGGAGCUAUACCUUCAGGGUAGCGAGAAGGGCCCUCAAGAAAAUCAUCCGACAUCCGCUCUUUCCCAUAAGGCCUAUACCUAUCCUCCUGACACUCCUUCUUCUCGCAUCCUUGGUCGUAUCGAUAACCCUCCUCCUAAUACACAUUCUCAAUCCGGACAAAGAACCCUUACCGUGGCGAGCGUAUUGUGCAGCACCAUCGACGUCCACAGCGCCGCCCUCCCUCCAUGCUCCAGCUACUUCGGCUCCCGAUCUCUCCGCAAUAUCAUCUGGCCCUUCAUUAACUCCCUUCCCUCCGAGCAAUCUCGACUCUUUGCCACCAGCUGGCAUCCUCAUCGGUGUAUUUUCUAUGGAUUCUGCAUUUGAACGUAGGAUGCUUGUGCGCACGACCUGGGCAAACCACCCGCGUAGUCGUGAGGGCGCCGGACAGGGCGACGGUGGAAAUGGCACCUCUAGGACGGUCGUGCGCUUCAUACUAGGCCAACCGCGGAAAACUUGGGAGCGUAGAGUUCAGUUGGAGAUGGAGAAAUACAACGACAUCGUCCUCCUGCCCAUCCCGGAGAACAUGAACGCUGGCAAGUCGCACGCGUUUUUCACCUGGGCUGCCACGGAUGCGUGGGUCCCUCCGCUCUACUUCGACUCCAACGUGCCGCUCCCAAAAUUCUCUUACUCGAACGAGACUAUCCCUCCCCCUCGCCUUGCCCGACACGACCCCGCACAUACGUGGGUCGACAGCGACUCUCCUCACCCACAGCCCUGGGUGCGACCCGACUUUGUCGUCAAGGCCGAUGACGACUCGUUCGUGAUGAUCGCAGAGCUCGAGUCACGGCUGCGCCUGGAAUUACACGAGAAGCCCGCGCACUAUGGAACAGCGGUACGGCUUAGCGACCAGAAUCAUCAUCUUCUGGCCCUGCGCGAUGAUGGUCUGCCAAGCUCAUCGCCCUCCAGUGAUGCCGACUUGUCCGACCUGUCCUCUCUGGCGCCCUACGAACGACUAGCCGAGUCGGGCGUGCCGGAUUCACCUGUCCCCCGUGAUUCCGGUUCGCUGUCUGAACACGACCCGAUGAUUUACUGGGGAUACUUGGUGAAGAACCGCUUCAUGGCGGGCGAACUGUACGCGCUCAGCUGGAGCCUCGUCGACUGGGUUUCCAAAGACACGGCCGUGAGGGGCCUCACGCGCGGCGCGGAGGACAAGCAGACUUCCAAGUGGAUGCGCUUGCACCCCCGUGCCGACGAGGUGCGAUGGAAGAGUGAGCGCUGCUGGAUAUACGAUCAUCCCCGCGCGGGGACUGUAUAUUCGCAUGGCUUCCUUUUUCCAUCGGAAGCGGCGCGCGCUCGCCGCGGGAUCAUGUCGUACUUUGAUAAGACGCCGCAGGAUCUCAAUGGGCAUUUACCAGCGUCGUCGACAGCUCCCGCUGGUGCGGGCGGGAAUGCGCCUAUUCCUUCGGCUUGGUCAACUUCCACGGUGACUUUGUUCGGGACGCGGUAUGUACCACCGUUGUCAAAUUUGACAUCACAGCAGAGCGUCGAGGCACUCGUGGAGGGCAGUGACAUGUCACUACUUCAAGAAGGGGGCACUCUCACUGCAGAGGACGCUUGGGUGCAGCGCGAGGGCCGCAGGACACGGUACGAGAACAAACGCGUGGGCGGGACCGUCGUCGUGCACUUUAUCAAGAAGAACAUGUGGUUCCUGGAGGCGGCGCUGGCCCUCCUCGAGGGUGACGAGGAGACCGAGCUCGACCAGAGCCGGCAUCAGUAUGUGUCCAAGUGGCGGCACCCGCCUCCGGAACGCGGGCGUACGCAUUCGCAUCGGCGACGGCGACGGUAACAGCGGCUAGUUCAGCGCGCCGCCGUUGCGGCGCGCUGAGUCGAGCUGCUGAUUUCUUCUGUUUCCCCGUUGCUGCUGUUCUUGUUGCUCUUUGAAUGCUGUCUGGAUUGUCGCCUGUGUACGAGUAUUGCUCCGUCCCGUCCCGCCCCGUCCCCUCACCCGUGGUCCCCACUCACCUCAUUGCCCACCCGCAUCCAUCUACUUACUGCAUCUAAACAAACAAACGACCCUCCUACAUACCCCCGCAUCGUCCGCCCCAUAUAUAACUUCAACGCCGUCCGUCCGUCCGUCCCACCGCAGCUUGCAACUCUUGUACCCCAAAACAGCCAUCGUCCGCUGGCGUAUUCAUCUCUUCACUCGUGGCCCCGCCCCGCCCCGUCGGGUGGGCUGCGCGCGGACAUACAUACAUAGCAUAGAUCGCUUUUUCUCAGGACUGCAUUUGUUUGACUGCGUUCGUGUCAUAUCAUUGAUUUUAUUGGUGCAGAGUAUAAUU